AUGGCUAUUCCCUCUUCUUUCGCCAUUACUGCUCCAUUCAUUUCUUCUUCCAAGCUUCACCCCAUUUCCAAAUCCCUUUCCUUCUCCACCCCAUUUCCCAAAUCCCUCUCCUUCUCUACCCCAUUUCCCAAAUCCUCUUCUUUAAGAACCCUAUUACCCAUUUCCUCCUCUAACCCCUCAAAUCCUUCUCCCAUUGACUCCUCAGACUCCUUCGCCGCCACUUUACCCGCCGCCAAUCGCACAUUGAAGUCCCGUCUCCGUAAUGGCGACACCCUCUACGGCCUUUUCCUCCUCUCCUUCUCCCCUUCUCUCGCCGAGAUCGCGGGAUUUGCCGGCUACGACUUUGUCGUCGUUGACAUGGAGCACGGCUACGGCGGAAUCUCUGACGCUCUCCCUUGUCUCCACGCUCUCGCCGCCACACAAACUCCAGCCAUUCUCCGGAUCCCAGAGAAUUCUGCGACCUGGGCCAAAAAAGCUCUAGAUUUAGGCCCUCAAGGGAUCAUGUUUCCGAUGAUUGAUUCCUCUAAAGAAGCGAAAAAGGCUGUUUCAUAUUGCAGAUUCCCACCCGCCGGAGUCCGAGGAUCGGCCCAUCCGGUGGUUAGAGCGUCAAAAUACGGUAUUGACGAAGGCUAUUUAACUUAUUACGAGGACGAAUUGCUGAUUAUGUGUCAAGUGGAAUCGGAGCAAGCAGUGAAGAAGAUAGAUGAGAUAAUGGAAGUUGAUGGGGUUGAUUGUAUUCAAAUGGGGCCAUUGGAUAUGAGUGGAAGCAUGGGAUAUCUAUGGGAUCCUGGUCAUAAGAAGGUGAAGGAGGUGAUGAGAAAAGCAGAAAUGGCUGUUUUGGAGAGCCAAAUUGAAAAUGGUCAAAAGGGUUCGUUCCUGUGUGGUUUCUCAAUGCCUCAUGAUGGGCCAAUUGACAUGAAAAGGCGUGGAUAUCAGAUGAUUUCUGGAGCUGUUGAUUUGGGUUUGUUUCGUAGUGCUGCUGUUGAGGAUGUAAGGAAGUUUAGAAUGAGUGAAAUGGAUAGCUCUGAGGACGAAGAUCAACCUCUCACUCACAAGGAAGAGGAUGAAGAAGAUAAGUAUUGGAGUGAAUGAAACCACUUUUUUGUUUUCCCUUUCUUUGACAAUCCUUGAUGUUUUUUUAUGAUCUUUUUAGUUCGAGUACAUAGUAUAAAGCUUUGAGUUGAAUUUCUUGAUGGGUAUAUUAUGAAUUAUGCUCGUAUGUAAGAAUAUAUGUCUUUUCUAAUCUGUUCAGUUUCUGUAUGUACAGACAUUUUCAGUUUUA